AUGCCGUCUUCCUCCGCCGUCCAAUCUCUCUUCGCCGUCGCCUGCGUCUUCCUUCUUCUCUCCCCGGCUUUCGCCUCCGAGUCAGAUCACAAGUAUCAAGCAGAUGAGCAGGUUACGCUGUGGGUGAACAAAGUCGGUCCAUAUAAUAAUCCACAAGAAACAUAUAACUAUUACAGCCUCCCGUUUUGCCGCAAGACUAAGAACAGCAUUCACAAAUGGGGUGGUCUUGGUGAGGUUCUUGGAGGAAACGAGCUUAUCGACAGCCAGAUAGACAUCAAGUACUUGAAAAAUGUUGACAGAAGCGUGAUCUGUCCGUUGGAGCUUGAUGAAGCUAAGGUCAAGCAUUUCAAAGAUGCCAUCGAAAAUAGUUACUGGUUUGAACUGUUUAUGGAUGAUCUGCCUUUGUGGGGCUUUGUGGGCGAGCUGCCUCUUGGCAAAAAUAGUGAAAACGGCAAGCAUGUUCUUUACACCCACAAGAAUAUUAUUGUCAAGUACAACAAAGACCAGAUUAUUCAUGUGAAUCUCACACAAGACAAUCCAAGGCCGUUAGAAGCAGGGAGGACUGUGGACUUGACAUAUUCUGUGCAAUGGAUCCCAACCAAUAUCACUUUUGCUCGUCGUUUUGAUGUUUAUCUAGACUAUCCAUUCUUCGAACACCAGAUCCAUUGGUUCUCCAUCUUCAACUCAUUCAUGAUGGUUAUCUUCCUCACUGGUUUAGUGUCAAUGAUAUUGAUGAGGACACUCAGAAAUGAUUAUGCGAAGUAUGCGCGUGAAGAUGACGACCUAGAGAGCUUGGAACGGGACGUAAGUGAAGAAUCUGGAUGGAAACUCGUACACGGAGAUGUAUUCAGACCUCCACGUAGCCUGGUUCUUCUCUCGGCUGUUGUUGGUACAGGUGCACAGCUGGCUCUGCUUGUUCUUCUUGUCAUAUUAAUGGCAAUCAUUGGGACACUUUACGUUGGGAGAGGAGCAAUCGUCACAACUUUCAUUGUUUGCUACGCUCUGACGUCGUUUAUCUCUGGUUAUGUGAGCGGUGGAAUGUACUCAAGAAGCGGAGGUAAACAUUGGAUCAAGUGCAUGAUCCUCACAGCUUCUCUCUUCCCAUUCUUGUGCUUCGGAAUCGGAUUCCUCCUAAACACAAUCGCCAUAUUCUACGGAUCUCUAGCGGCCAUCCCCUUUGGAACAAUGGUGGUCGUGUUCGUAAUCUGGGGCUUCAUCUCGUUCCCUCUCGCCCUCCUCGGAACAGUCGUCGGUAGAAACUGGAGCGGCGCACCGAACAACCCAUGCCGUGUGAAAACCAUCCCACGCCCAAUCCCAGAGAAGAAAUGGUACUUGACUCCAUCAGUAGUCUCUCUCAUGGGAGGUCUCUUACCCUUUGGCAGCAUCUUCAUCGAAAUGUACUUCGUCUUCACAUCCUUCUGGAAUUACAAGGUGUACUAUGUGUACGGGUUUAUGCUGCUCGUGUUCUUGAUUCUCGUUGUGGUCACUGUCUGUGUGACGAUUGUGGGAACGUAUUUUUUGCUGAAUGCGGAGAACUAUCACUGGCAAUGGACGUCGUUCUUCUCUGCUGCUUCCACUGCGGUUUAUGUCUACUUGUACUCGAUCUAUUACUACUACGUAAAGACCAAGAUGUUUGGGUUUUUCCAGACCAGCUUCUACUUUGGAUACACGUUGAUGUUCUGUCUCGGCCUCGGAAUCCUUUGCGGAGCGGUUGGGUUCUUAGGAUCAAAUCUGUUUGUAAGAAGGAUCUACAGAAACAUCAAGUGCGACUAG